CUCCUUAGUACACACGGUCUGAAUCAACGUGAAGUGCAUGCAGCGUUCCGCGGUGACACCGUGCGUGUGACUGCCCUGCUGGGUUCGAAGAGCGUAGGCAGUCUGUGUAUCCUUCCAACUCUUCGUGUCCAUGCUCUCACUUUCAUCAGCCAUCGCCUGAAUGAACGCCUGCCAGACGCACAAUGAUAAUAAUAUGAAAGAUGGAGUUAGUUUAGCAGAAGACUUGUAGCUGGUUGGCACGUGCAAGCGUUGACUGCAGCACCACCCAGCCUUUACUCUCUAGACCGCUGUUGAAAAGCCUUGCUCUGAGCUGGCCACUGGCCAUUAUUCGGCAGAGCGUGGCCCUUGUGGCAAGCAGCUGCUAUCCUGUACGCUGGCCUGCCUUUCCUGUUGGUGAUGGUUUUCCGCUGCACAAGAGGCGCAGCUUCCUUCCCUGCUGUCAACUGAAGCAUGGCUAUCGAAUCGAUGUCCUCCACCUCUGCUGCGCAUGGAGUUCUCUCCGAUAGUGGUAGUGCUAGAUCUAAGGUAUCGAGUGGAGCUGGCAGUGGGAAUAGGGUUCUGGCCGAGCGAAAGCAUCCAGCGCUCUCGUCUUCUCGGUCCGUUGGCAGAGCGACAGCAACGGCUGCGGCGAGUAGUAGCAACAGCUCCAGCAGCGCAGCAUCACCAGCACAAAAGCCGAUCAGCAUACGUCGCUCGCACAGUAGUGUUACUUGCACAUCAGUGACAGCAACGCACUGGCAGACCAUAGCCGAGGACUCGGAUUGCAAUCCGCCGCCGCUGCCGCCCAGACCGCAGCCCGCGACGCCCACGUCCUCGCUGAGUCUUAAACUGUGUGUGAAGCGUAGCGGCCAGCGACUGAAGAGGGCUAUAAGCGUCUGCAAAAGUCUCCCGCCAGCACCACCAGUCUCGAGCCCUGUGAUACAUUCCGUGGCUGCAAGGAGCUUGAGAAGUCGUCGGAAUAGCCUUCCGUCAGCGGUGUUGCACUCAGCGGCCGCAGAUCCGGCAUCGGCUAGUGGCUUGAGUCGCAAACACAGUGAUGCCGCUCUGAGCACACGUCAAACGCAUCCGUUUGGACGACGAGCAUUACCCAGAGAACCCGGCGCAGAAGCCCCGGCCAGCACUGCUGUUUGCCAGCUGGAGAACACAAGACCGGCAGCAGCAGCAGUUGAGCCGGUACGCAUACCUGCUGCGCAAAUACGAUCAAACAGAGUGCGGCGGCACACAGUGAACCGCAGUUCCCCGCGACCCAUCUCUCAGUCGAGCACGUCCGAAUCAGACUCGGCCUCCUCACCACGCAUCAUCAUGUCUGCACCACCGAUAGCCCCACGGCCUGCACACACUCUCACGGAAAAGUCAUCGAGUGGUAGCAGUGGCUACAGCAGCCGUGGCCAAUCUCCAGCACAUCGUCAGUCCUCCGCACCAAUCAUUGACCUCACACCAGACACUCCGCAGCGGCGUCGUUUCAAAGAGUCCAUCUCCCUACCGAUUGGCCAGUCGUCCUCCUCCGACCAGGUGUGCGAGUCACCCACGGCGACGUCGGUGCCUCGAAGCGGUCGCCGCGGUAGCCAGGAUAGCGGCAUCUUGCCGGCGGCUGCUGAUCAGAGUCCUACCGGCGGGGCCAGUGCGCACGGUCCUAAAGGAGUCAAGGCGGGCUUGAGACGCAUGGUGGGCUCGUUGAAGCGCGGCGGGACAACACCCAAGAAGAAGCUGCCUGCGGACGCAUGCCUGAGCCCGCCGACGCCGGACAUGACUGUCAACUGUGGCUGGCCAACGCUGAGCCCAGCGCAGCUACAGGCCAGCGACGAAGCCUUGCUGCGCGCGCAUCGCUCCCAUCUGCCGCUCCAGCGCUGCUCUGCGUCCGGUUCCUCUGUUCACUCCAUGAUGCAUCAGCACCAGCACGAUCGAGCAGCGGCAGCACUGGGCGCAUCGGGCCGUCGUGAUCUACAGCUGAUAGGCCGAGCCCAUUCCUUGCCAGCACACCCAGUGCACGCGCCAGCACACCACCACAGCCAGGCCAAUCGACAACUGUCUAGUGGCCAACUAGAGCACACCAACACCGUGCUUGCCCGUAAAGGGUCCGACUACAAUUCGAGGUACAGGCCUUUCGAUUGGUUCUUCGGUCGUAUGUCACGUGAGAGAGCCCACCGACUACUCAGUGAACAUGGUGCUGUGGGCAACUUUCUACUUCGAGAGCGUGACACGUGUCCCGGGGAAUACGCCAUUUCCGUCAAAGUGCCGCAGACAGUGCUUCACUUUCGUGUGUACAAUGACGAGCACGGCUAUGUGUGUAACAAGGACGCUGGGCCAUGCCCAACGCUCAUCGACCUUGUUCGCUACCACACCACCAUACCGUUGACAGGCAACGGCAGUGGAUCGGACGACGUCUUCUAUUUGGGGCACCCACUGAACAGGGCCUUGAUUCCGGUAUCGGAGGGCUUACCCAGCGUAACCAGUAGCUCGUCGUCCCUCGUCGGAAGCAGCGCAAUCAGCCGCCAGAACUCCAGCGAGCUUCAGGAUAUCAACGAAGAGCUGUACCUGGAGCCGCUGCAGUGUUCAGCGACGCCGAGCGACUCUGAGGUGUCCAAAGCCGACGAGACCGAAGAGGACGCCGAAGGAGAGGACGAUGACACAACCGUAACGCAGCAAAUGAAUGGAAUCUACAUCGAUGAGAACAAAGACAUCAUCACAGAAUCGGAAAGCUCAGCUUGACAGCAAACACCAACCCCCAAGUGCUGAUCAGAUUCGUCUUACUCCAAGGACAAAUUACAUUUUUCUAGUUGUUGCUGGAAAAUGUACCCCGCGCUCCCCUCCCCUGUUGUUACUGACCCCAGAAGCUGAUGUAUGGUGACAUGCAUGCCUUGAGAAAACGUUUUGAGAUUUGCUCCAUACAUCCAAAUGAAAGUCAUACUCCUGCCGACAUAGGAUAUGUUCUAGUGGCAUUGACAGGCUAGUUCUUCCCCAUGUCAAGCAUGCUGUGUAACAAGCAGAAUGAGAAGGCAUUGCUUCUUUCUUCAUACUUUUGAUUCAGUUGAAAAUGUUGAUUGGAGGUGUCGCGAACAGAACAACGCGGACUUAUUAGUACUGCCCGGAAGAGCACAUUGGUGCUGGCUUUCCCGGCAAUUGUGGCUACGCUUAUGUCGUGAGAGCUAACUGGCAGCACCAGGGGAAAGUGUGCAGAAAAGCUAUACAGUAGCGUCGGGUGCCAAAGACCGAACAGGCUAGAAUGCAACCAAGCACAGAAUACUGGAAUUUCACAAAUUUUCGGUGUACUUUUAUUUUCGGUACUUUCGGUGCAUCUGUUCCAUACCUAAAUUAAAAAUUUCAAUACACCGAACAACACACUAACACACAUCAUCCAAUAGGGAACUGUCUCUCUGUACUUAAAUUUUCUGUUCACCUAACCUGGCCUUUUGCCCUCAUACCGAAAAUAUUGAGGACCUAAAAUUUCUGAAAUUAGAGUACCAAAGUAUA